CGUCCAUAUUACUCCCCUCCUCGAAAGUCAUUUUCAGCUCUAUACUAUAGCCUUGGUCAACGCGUUAUUCGUCUUCUUUCUCUUCCCUGUGAACCAUCUUUUGAAGCCUCGUCACCCCACCAUGCCAGACAAGGACCUCGGAGAGCUUCUUGACCUCAUCGCCGCGUUCAAGAGUAACCUUCAACGCAAGCAGUUUAAUCAAGCUGAAAAACUUGUUCAAAAAACAGCACCAAUCCUUCACAAGCUGGGAGCUUUCUCCUUAACCACUUCAAUCGAUGACAAACUCUUCUGCCUCGCCCGUGAAGCCCUAGAGCUGUCCGCCAUUACCUCACUUCACCUACGAGAAGAUGACCCAAGAAACCAAGCCCUUUUCACCACUAGCUACAAGCUACUAAAACCAUUCUACGACAGAGAGCAAGCACUUCAAAUGGCGAAAGACCCCGCUCUGGAACGGCUAAAUCCGAGCGCCAGCCAAAGAAACAAAAUUACGGCGCUCUAUCUGGUAUAUCUGUUGAGCGAGGGCAAUAUUACAGAAUUUGAUACGGUUUUGGCUGGGCUGAGGGAUGUAGAUGAGGAUAGUGUCAAAAAUGACCCCAUGCUUAAAUAUCCGAUUGAUUUAGCGGCUAGUAUGACGGAUGGAAGGUAUAACGUGGCGUGGGAACAGUUGAAGCAGCAGGCCAGGAAGAAAGGGAAUUCGGAAGCUUUGUCCGGACAAGCAAAGCUGCCUGAGGAAUUUGAAAUAUUUUCGCCGGUCCUACUAAGCACAAUCCGAAUGUGGAUGGCCGCGAGCGCCGAGAAGGCAUACGAAUCCCUCUCCAUAUCGAGCGCCAAAGAUGUUCUAAAGCUCGACUCGGAAGGGGAUGUUGUUGAAUUUGCAGAAUCUCGUGAUUGGAUUCUCAGGGAUGGGAGAAUAUACUUUCCUCAAUCAGAGGCGGAACAGGUACAGGGCUCGGAGAAGAGUGCUUCACGCGCCAGUCGCUCGAUUAUUGAGAAUGGCAUUGGCUAUGCUCAGCAGCUAGGGACGAUUGUGUAGUUACGGCGACUGUUCUUUGUACCUCCCGCCUCCCCGCCACUGUUGUUGCUCGCCUGAAACUCAUAUAGCGUGGAUGAGCAUCCUAAGUGCUUAGGAGAGAAUAGAGCGUUCAAUGCACUAUAUACAGUCUUGAACGUACAUCGUUGAUUAGGAAUUUUCCUGUAUUCCCACUAUUGCCAGCAGAGUUUCCUCUUUCUCACAUUUCUAUUUUCCUUCCGUGGCACCACAUAGAUAACAUGUGAGGGCCAUAUAUUUAUGACUUGCAUUGUGUAUCAAUCCGUCCACCAUAUGCCACUCACAUAUCAGCUCGCUUAAAAAGACACAACCUAACAGGAAGCGGGGAGGCAUACAUCUCCAAAUCCUAAACCUUUGCCUUCCAUAUGCAAACCCUCUUAUCGUAAAAGCUACUCGAGACACAGAGCAAGGGAUCGCCCUGCGUCUCACCCUCCUCUCUACCUCUCCAAAUAUCCGAUGCAUAAUUCAUACUCUCAUGCUCCGUAAACUGCGCCAGGGUUUCAAUACUCCAUGAUCCCACCCUUGGCGCAUCACCUUCACUACCGAGAGAACAAGUCACCCUAACAAUUCUCCCCCCUGCAUGCAUACAACUAGCAAGAACCAAGUACGAGCGUGACCUCCCUGUUCUCGAAGGCCACUCCAGCGCCAAAAUCUCAUCUUCCACCUCCCUAAUGAUCUUCAGCCUCCACACCCCUCCGCCCAACCUUUCCUCAGCUAGAACAGACCCUCGCCCCGUAAAUUUGUACACUCGAAGAUACUCAUCAUAGCUCCCCGUAAGCAACACCGUUUCCCCACCUUCAGUAAACAAGGGCAGAAUCGCCGUUACUCCUGCUCCAUAAUGCUUUCUGCCAACAGUAACUUCCAUCGUCUGGGCGGGGAACUGCCCAUCAUCCCACAACAUUCUACUACCUUCAUCCCCGUCCCCAGCAAAUUCAUGUACACGCAAACCGCCAAAGUCGUCCCCGGAAAACAACGUAAGAUGUUCUUCUCCGGAUAAUGAUCUACCAUAAUGGAACGUGGUGAACCAGACCUCUAUCGGCUCGCCUGGUAACACUAUCUCUGUCAUUGAUUCUUUGGAGAAGUCGUGAGAAGGGGGGUUAGUAUGGAAGAUGGAGACUCUCCCGUC